GGAUUCUGGAAGUUUGCGGACAAUGGAGAGUCCUCAUAUUGGUGUCGUCCGGGAUUCCAUGUUGACUAACCCACGUUUAAUACGGCCCUCCCUGGGUAGGUCCAAGUCCAAAGGUCUGACGUGCCCAGGACCAGAUUUUGUAUACGGGAUGGUGACCACCAUUCAAGAUGGAGGUGUAGCUGAAGCCAUCUCUAAGUGGCACUGUGGGUCUGCUGAGGGCGGGUGCUCUGGCGCCCCCCGCAGGCGUGAGCGGGACUUUGUGAGUCUGAACCGUGAGGGGGUGAAGUCCGGCGUGGUGACGGCCCAGGAGCUGCGCCAGUACCGGGCCACGCACGACAUCAGACGCCCCUCGCCCACCCGCGGGGUCGCACGCCGCUCCAUGCCCACCGUCCUGCCCCCCGACAUCACCUUUGGCAUCUCCACACGGCCGUCCACGCCCAUUGGGGAGCUCCUGCAGCAGCAGUACCGGCAGCGCUGGAUACAGCAGCAGCUCAACACACACACCGCACUGCAGGGACAACACAACAAGAGGCAGCUGGGGAGGAUCCAGGACACUCGGACGUCAACACUACGGAAGAGUCGGCCCACCGUUGUGAACGCCCCUUUGUGGAAGCUGCCUAGAUUUCAGCAGGUGAGUCCAGCACUGGACACGUUCGGGGAUGCGGCUGCCAGACAGAGAGCCCUUAAAGCCCAGCAGGCUGAUGCAGCCCGAGGACUCGGAACACUCGGAGCUCUCCGACAGGGCAGCAACGCCAAGGACUAGCACACACACUCAUACACACAGACACACACACACACCCAUAAUCACAUGUUCAAUCAGGAGCAUAAUGUGUAGCCUACAAUGAGACUAGGACUUGUCUGCCUGAGCACAGCAGGCAUAUGUAGUUAUCAGAUUAGUGAUCAUGAUUUGAAUCAUUUUUGCUUUCAUUUCUAAUUAUUUUAUCACAAUUAUGUUACUUAUUGUCACAGUUAUAGUUGUAGCCUCUCAUCACUAGAAAUUAAUCUGAUUUGUGGAAAUCUAUCAU